CCCGGCAUAUGGUCCCCCAAAAUCUUUGCUAGAGAUCCUGGAAAACAAACAAACAAAACAACAAAAUCCCUGGGCCACCUCUAUCGGAGCCCCACCCCAACUCCCGGCUGGCUGCAAACUUCCUGGCCCCAGGACGGUGCUCCGUGGGACACCGCGGUCAGGGCGGGUGGGGACCUACUGCUGGGAUGCGGCUCAAGCCGCGCAGCUGAGUGCGACGCGGGAGCUCCGGAGCCGCUGGCGUGGACAAGGAAACUGAGCUUCAGAGAAGAGAAGAGACUUGGGAGCCUGACCCACAAAGCUGACAGUUCUGCCCCAGAAACCACAAGUAUGAAUACCAACGACAGUGGUGUCAACUGUCUAUGUGCCAUCUGUGGGGACAGAGCAACAGGAAAGCAUUACGGGGCAUCCAGCUGUGAUGGCUGCAAGGGGUUUUUCAGGCGCAGCAUUCGGAAAAGUCACGUUUAUUCCUGCAGGUUCAGUCGCCAAUGUGUUGUUGACAAGGAUAAAAGGAAUCAAUGCAGAUACUGUCGAUUACGAAAGUGUUUUAGAGCAGGAAUGAAGAAAGAAGCUGUGCAAAAUGAACGCGACAGAAUAAGUACCAGAAGAAGUACAUUUGAUGGCAGCAACAUCCCUUCCAUAAACACUCUGGCACAAGCUGAAGUUCGGUCUCGACAGAUCUCAGCCCCAAGCCCCAGUGCAAGUGCUGACAUAAACCUGAAGAGAAUUGCAAGCAUCAGUGAUGUCUGUGAGUCUAUGAAGCAGCAGCUCCUGGUCUUGGUGGAAUGGGCCAAGUACAUCCCUGCCUUCUGCGAGCUGCCCUUGGAUGACCAGGUGGCCCUGUUGAGAGCUCACGCAGGAGAACACUUACUGCUUGGAGCUACAAAGAGAUCCAUGAUGUAUAAAGAUGUUUUGCUUUUGGGAAACAACUACGUCAUUCACCGUAACAGCUGUGAAGUAGAAGUCAGCCGUGUGGCUAACCGGGUCCUCGAUGAGCUGGUUAGACCAUUUCAAGAGAUCCAGAUAGAUGACAAUGAGUAUGCGUGUUUGAAGGCCAUUGUGUUCUUUGACCCAGAUGCAAAGGGACUGAGCGACCCCGUGAAGAUUAAGAACAUGCGGUUCCAGGUCCAGAUCAGCCUGGAGGACUACAUCAACGACAGGCAGUAUGACUCCCGGGGCAGGUUCGGGGAGCUGCUCUUGCUGUUGCCCACCCUGCAGAGCAUCACCUGGCAGAUGAUUGAGCAAAUUCAGUUCGUCAAACUGUUCGGCAUGGUCAAAAUUGACAACCUCCUCCAAGAGAUGUUGCUGGGCGGUGCUGCCAAUGAGGGAAGCCAUCUCCAUCACCCAAUGCACCCCCAUUUGUCUCAGGAUCCACUAACUGGGCAAACGAUACUUUUAGGUCCCAUGUCCACAUUGGUUCAUACAGACCAAAUCUCAACUCCAGAAACCCCACUCCCUUCCCCACCCCAGGGCUCUGGGCAAGAACAGUACAAAAUCACUGCGAACCAGGCGUCUGUCAUUUCACACCAGUCCCUCUCUAAACAAAAGCAGUUGUGAGAAGGUGCUCACUUCUGAAUGGUACUGUGUAAAUGUGAAACCCACUGCUCUUGAAAUGUCUCGGGAUGGUACUUUUGCCAACUUUUAGGCAAGGCUUGCUUCUCCAUGGUGCUGUUGUAAGGUGGUAUCCUAUUUUCUUGUUUGUAACCACAUUAUGCUUAUUGUUGCUGUAAAGGAAAGCUUUCACAUGCAACCUCUGUAUAUUUGAAUUUGAAGUUUUUUUUUUUUUUUAAUAGUGUAUUGUUUCCAACUAUUCCUGCACUGUGCCCACGCUACUGGGAUCUUAUGUAUGGCUUUCUUUUUCUUUUUUUUUUCAUAAUAUUAAUUUAAAUCUGUAAAUAAUUGCUUUGUUAUAAUGUGGUGCAGAAUUAAAUGUUCUUAUUGGUUAAAAGUAGAUCAGCAACACUAGGUAAUAUAAAAAUAAACCAAUUAUUUUAAAAAAUAAAUUGUAAACUUGAAGAUUAGAGAAGGUGAAAUAGAGCAUUUCUCGAAAGGAUAAUAGUCAGGGCCUUCUGCUACCUGCAGCAAAUGUUUCCGUGUUAACUUCAGAGAACUAAUGCCAUUUUAAGGAUGACUGGAUAUACUCUGCAAUGUGACUAAAUUUGAAGAGGUCUGCUAAGGAAAGGCAUGUUGGUUCUUUUAGUGAUGAUACAAGCCAUAGUAAAACAAAGUCAUGCCAAGUAAUGGCUCAAUAUAAAGGAGAAUUCAUGUCUCACUCAUAGGAAAUAUGGAAAGUCACUCAUUCAUUAGACCUUGGCGCAUGCCCACACCAGCUCUCUGGGAAACCAGGAAAGUCUUUCUAUGUAAACGUGUGUCAGCUCAAGUUAUACAACUCUGGGAGAAAGGACACCGGAGAACAUGUCUUUGAACACAUUUGUGCAAACCCAGAUCUGGUUGGUUUUAAUGAGACUGGGUAAGGGUGUGGUUUUUAAAAUAUACCCAGGCUAACAAUGGAAUAUUAUUUGCCAAUAAUGCUCAUGAAUGAAGGUAACAAGUACACAACAGCUUACAAUAUUUGCAAUGAGGAUAAGAGAUCAGUUUUGUACCUUUUGCAAUCCUCACAUCUUUCCCUAUAAAACUAAAGAACAUAAAAGUACACAAGAUUGGUUUUGAUGACUUAGGGAAAUUUGCAGCAUAGGAAUAUACUGAACAUAAUUCUUGACUGAAAAGUAGCCCCAACUCGUUUGAUGUAGUACCUACAUCUGGAAUUUAUUUUCAAGGCAUUAAUUAUAGGACACCUUAUGAAGCAGCAAUAGCCACACCUCUGCGUGUACUUGCUCUCCUUCUCCCAGCCUUUCUUGUUCUUUCCCUUUUAUAUUUACAGAAGUAGUGAAAAUGGUUGAAUACAUAAAUAUAAAUAUUAUUAUAUAAGUAUAUAAAAUCGAAUAUAUAUCAAAAGUUAAAAAGCAUUCAAAGUUGUAAGAUUUUGGGUUAAGGUUUUCCAGGGACCUUCCCAGUUUCUCAGACUUGAGUCAUUGUUUCCACCUUCCUAGUAGUACAAAGACCAUUUUCAUAUGAACUAACUCGGCUCUAAAAGUGAAGUAGUCUGACAGCUAUCAGCACUUUCAUAGAAUCACCUGUAUUUCUUCAAAUGCAACUAACCUUCUAAACUAAAUUAUAACAUUGAGUGAGUGAGGGGGAAGGCAAAGAGAAAGAGUGGUUCCUUAAUUCUUAAUAUUUUGAAAAUUUACUCUUGUUCCAUGAAACAAGCAAGUAACUAAAUCUCAUCAGUAUAAAUAUCAUUUGUAGGUUUUGUUUCCUUCUUUAAUGUUAUUCUCCUAAAAUAAAAAACUAGUCUACCUGGGCCACUAUAAGAAAAUAUCAUAUAUGGGGAAAAGUAAACAACAGAAAUUUAUUUCUCAUUGCUGUCCAUGUUAGGAAGCCCAUGAGCAAAGAAUUAUCAGAUUCUCUCUCUGAUCUAUAGAUGGCUAUUUGUGAAACAACUCUCAGGGACCACUUUUGUACGAAUACAAUUCUCCCUCAUGCAGGCUCAGCCCUCGUGACCUCUUUACCUUCCAGUAUACCCAUCUCUGCAUAGCAUCAUAUUUUUGACUGUGUAGCAACAUAAGUGAGGAGGCAUUUGGGCAUUCAGACCAUGGUAAAUCAUCUAAAAACACAGAAUAUAAAAUUUAUAUUUUAAUGAAUAAUGUGUUCAUAAAAAUUUAUGAAAAAGUUAUGUUUAAAAACUAUUGCUAAUAACUUUGUUUUGAUAACUAUUGUCAGGGAAUUUGUAAUAUAGUAUUUUUAUACAUCAAGCUGCCAGAAAUGGUGGACAAAGAAGAACUGAUGUUUUCAAUGUAUUAUCAUGAUAUUGUUAAGAAAAGUCAUUGCUUUUAUAAAAUACACUUUUUCAGGUGACAGAUAUAAAUAAUUUAUUGUGAGAUAACAAUUCAUUUUAUAAAUGCAAAAUUAUUUUUAUAAAUUUCAUUGUUGAAAAUCAGAAAUGAGUACCUUUUUAAAUGUUGAAUUACAGUGAGAUUAAAAUAUUUCUAAACUGUGA